AUGACGCAGCCCAUGAGGGGCGACCAGGCCCACCAGCCGACCCCGGCUCGCAAGUCAGCCAGCCUGUCCUCGCCAAGUGCGGCUCGCCGCCUGUACCGCAACUUGUCUGGAAAGUUCCGUGUUAGCACCAACCCCUCUGCCUUGGAGGACAGCGUGGUGUCGGGACGGGGAGGAGACAAGGAGAGGUUGCGCAAAACCACUGUAUUCCAGGGCAAUGAAGCGCUGUUUGAAGCAGUGGAGCACCAGGAGUUGGACUUGGUGCAGUUGUUGCUCUCCCAGUACAGCUUAGAGGAGCUGGACCUCAACACACCGAACAGUGAAGGCCUCCUGCCACUUGACAUCGCCAUCAUGACCAACAAUGUGCCCAUGGCAAAACUUUUACUCCGGGCUGGUGCAAAAGAAAGUCCCCACUUUGUAAGUUUGGAAGGCCGAGCAGUCCAUCUGGCCACCUUAGUGCAGGAGGCCGAGCAACGCGUGUCGGAGCUUCAGACCCAAGUUGGCGGCGAAGGUCCCGGAGAACGGGAAGGAUCGGACCGAGAGAGGCAACUGAAGGCUUGGGAAUGGCGGCUGAGGCUAUUCAGGCGCAUGCAGACAGGCUUCGAGCAUGCAAACCCUCCGAACACGCCGAGUGCAGCACGCUUGUCUGUCAGCAGCAGCACCAGUCUAACCGUUGAUUUCCAGGAACCUCAAUGUGUCAACUCGGCUGUGGUUACCAAAUACAAAGUGAGCUGGGGCGCCACGCCUUCUAUCAGCUCUGUGUUGGGAGAGGCAGUGGUUGAAGACGCCACUGUGCUGCAGUACAACAUUACUGGACUCACCUCUGGGACUCCAUACUAUGUUCAAGUGUCGGCCUAUAACAUGAAGGGAUGGGGACCAGCCCUCGCUUCGACACCAGCCUGUGCUGCUCCUUCCAGUUGGAGGGACGUCGAUGGCCGUGCCCCCCGGCAAAGAGGCCAGAAGGAGGUUCUGGACCAGCUGCUUGCCCAAAUAAAAGAUGCCCAUCAGAGCUGUGUCUGCCACGAACAUUGCAAAGCACCGGCGCAAGGAAGAAAACACUCUGUGUCCAAAAGCCUGCGUCAUCUAUUUCAACCCAACAGCAAAUUUGUCAAAAGUUUGAAAAGAGGACUUUAUCUGACGUCCAUCUUCUACCGAGAUGACAGCGUCUUGGUGACCCCUGAGGACCAGAUUCCCAUUGUAGAAGUUGAGGAUUCCUACCCCAGCUCCUUGAUGCAGGACUUCCUCUGGUUUACAAAGGUAUCCUACUUGUGGGAGGAGAUUGCCUGGCUCCAACAGUGUCUCAACCCCACUCAGUCAGCUUGUUCGUGCACCCUGCAAACCCGCCUCAAGAUGCUCCAAGCUAUUUCUCAUCUCCAGGGUAUGCUAGGAACGCAAGACUUGGGCCAAGUGUAUUUCGAGCCUAUCAAAGACAAGCACGGUAAUGCCCUCCUGGUGCUCCUGAAGGACAUGAACUCCUCUGCCAACCCGGACGGCAUGCGCUGGAUGCAGCUUUGCAAACUGCAGCUCCAACGAAAGUCCAUUUCCUCGCCUGAGGAGCCUACCGCUCUGGACAUGCUCCUCAUCACCCUGCAUGAGAAGCUUGCUUAUCACCGACGCAGCAGGAAGCUCUUGUCUCCUGGCUUAUAUCUGGGAUAUUUGAAGCUGUGUACCUCUGUGGAGCAAAUCAGAGCACUGGUGCCACAGAAGCUCCCAAACGUCCUCUGUCACACCAAGAUACGAGACAACAAUAAUGUCUCCAGUGAGGAGUGGCAAUUGCUGCAGGCCCUCAAUUCCCUGGAGGAGCCAAUGGAAACGGAGCCCGGCAGCAUUCAGAGUGGCCCGCGUCCCCUCCUUCACGACCUGUGUAGCGCCAUCAAGGAUCUGAUCGCCCACAUUAAUGUCCCAGGCAACCAGACGCAGGACUUCCGAAUCUACACCCAGGAAGUGUUGGAAUUCGGAGACAAGGUGUCCUUCCUCCUUCUCUUACCUCCGUGCGAUGAAGUGUGCACCCCUCCGGGUCAGAACAAUCCCUACUCUCCUCGCUCCGGCUUCCUUACGCUGCCCUUGCAGAUCUUUGAACUGGGUGAGUGCACGCAUCUCCUCUUUUCCCCGCCAGUCCACUUUAACUCCUAUUGCCCCGGUUUCAUCGGCCAGUACUGCAGAGUAUCUGCUUUGCUGGAGCUGGAGUCGCUCAUGUCUCAACAAGCCUUGAGGGAGGCUUUCUCUGAAGAAGAGCUCACCAAUGCCAAAAAGAAGCACCAGCAGCUGCAAGAACAUAUACAACAAAUGGAGGAAGUGUGGCGUGAUGCCAGGUGGAUCAUGGAGGCCUUACAGUACGCACGCUACAAACAGCACACCGGAGGCAUUUCCAUAAGCGGCUUGAUCGACUUGUCAAAGGAAGUGGUGCCAGACAAGCCCACGUCCACUUCCUCCCAGCCUGACUUCAUGCCCUCGCCCUUACCUUCACCAGAACGUUGCCGCAAGCACUCAGACUUUGCAGGCCUGUCAGAUGAGGAGGGCUCCUCAGAGGUCUUCCUAACAACCGACAGCGACUACGAUUCCAGUCGAGCCCAGAGCCCUCGCGAGCUGGACCUGCUGCCCCCGUCCCCGCUUUCUACCUCGGCGCCCCCAGAGCCCCGCGGCUUCCUCCGCAGCGACGGCAGCGGCUCUGGCGUCGGACUCGGUCGAGGCGGACAAGGAGCCCUGAGGGACUCCACUCCUGACGUCCUGCGGGCCUCAGAACAGCAGCGCGGCCGUGAAUUGGGGAGGUGCGGCGAGGGUGUCUGCUGCGGGGUCGAACGCCGGCGUGGGCCACCCGAGCUUUUUGACAGCGACUUCAUCCUGCCGAGUCGGCAGAUUGAACUGCUGCACAUUACCGAAAAACGGCAGGCUUUCUGCGUGCGCACGAGUAGUCUGGAGUUCCCCUCCACCACAUCCGCCAACCAUCAGUCGUACUCCCGCCGUGCUUCUUCGCCACAGCGACAUUGGCACAGGCCCUCAUCGGUGGACCGUUGCUGUACGGCUGAACACAGGUCACAACGAAGCCCGCCGGCCAGAACGCUAUCGGAAGACAGCGGUACCCAGCGGCUCUCUUCCCCGAGGCCGGCUGCCCACAGGAAAGGCUCCCACGCCACGCUCAGAGUGUACCCACAGUACCGCACAGGGCUCCCCAAGGAAACUAGUGUCAAGCUGUGUGUGACUCCUUGUACAUCGGCGGGUGAGAUGGUCCGUUUGGUGGUUCAGGAGAUGAACCUGGUGUCUCAGCAAAUGCUCGGCGGCGGCGAUGCGGAUCAGGACUCCUUCUACGGCCCUGAACAGUUGAAGCACUUUGGCCUUGUGCUUGUGGUGGACGAACGGGAAAAGUGGCUGCAGGACGACUUUUGUCCCUUGGAGCUGCAAAACCCCUGGCUGAGGGGUAAGUUGUGCGUACGUAUUAAGGCCUACUCGCCCCUCGCUCUCAAACACGGCCUGGCCACCACGGUGUGA